AAAAUGGUGGUCAGUAAUGGACCAGCAGUGCGGGGCGACAUAAUGCACGGCGCGCACGAGUGUCGAUGAGUGUCCCCGUUGUUGUCAUCGACGCCGCAGAUGAUAUAAAUGAGCCUGUACGCGGACCUGGAGGGACGUCGCGACGCUGUGGGAAGCGGUGCCCGGGAUGCGCCCUACUACUCCCCGUGAUCGCACACGCUCGGAUCAUGUGAGCCGCGACUCGCCGUCCGGUGGUGGUGCUGCUGCUGCUACUGCUGGUGCCGCCCGCCUGGUAUCGUCUGGUAUCGCACGUUCGGCACUUUGUGUAGCCAUAUUUAUCGCGUGUUACUCGUCGAAAACGUCGUCGUCCUAAGCGACGACCUGGUGAGCGUCGCGUCCUUCCGCUCGUCGAGACCCUCUUCUCCGUAUGGUCGCGCGCACUUGAGGAAGGAUAGCGUCCUUGUUAUCGUCGUUGUCAUCCUUAUCGUCAUCAUCGUCGUGUAUGCGAGUAUGCGACGAUCCUUCUCCGCUGACCCAACGUCAUCGUCGUCGGACGUGCAACGUCGAGUGUCAUCGCCACCGAUCGCCGUAGCUGUGUCGCGAGAGACGUCGCCGAGACGAGCAAUAAUAAUUCCCGGAUCCUGGCAACAUCGACGAUCGAUUAUUCGUCGUCAUUCACGUCCGGGUGCGCGAUUUCGCGCUGCUCCGGAGACGCCUAAGCGGCUAUUUUCCUGGCGUGUGUUUUUUCAUUGUUGUAUAACUCGUCCUGGAUCCUAUGCGAAAUAUGGGCAGCUUCUGUGCCGCUAAUCCUGAUUGUUGGGUGAAUUUUUUAUGACUGCAUUUGUUGAAAAUGUUUUCAAUAUAAUUUUCUACGUAAGGGUGCAAGGAAAUAUACACAAGUUAUGAUAAAAAGUUAUGUUAUGAAUAUCUUGGAGUGUAUGUUUUACAUUGCACAUUGGAGGAAUCUAUUAAACUUGUACCAAGCAAGGCACUGUUGUGCCACGCUUGGGUAAUGGAUCCGAUUGGUCCAUGGUAUUCGUAUAAUCGUUUCACUGCGAGCGGCACUACUGGAACGUUUCAAACGACAACACCAACUACAACUAGUGAUUUUGUAUCUCAUCAUUUAGCAACGGCUGUUACACAAGCAGUGCCAUCAACAACGACGUCGCAAUUACUUCUACAAGCGGCACAUACAACAGCAAAUCUGGCGGGUCAGCCGUCCCCCUUUAACCCUGGGGGGUUUCUAACUCCACCCCCUGUGGGUUAUGAAGUCUUUUCGCCGCUCUUCCAUCAUCCCAAUACAAAGCAAGCGCAUUAUGUUACUCAGCAUCGACAAGCUGUUGCUCAAGCGCCAGCGGUAUCGGUGACAAAACAAAACACCACGAGCGAGUCCGAUAUUCCUACAUUGAGGGAGAAUUAUAGUUCGGCGCAUCAAGCUACAUUUUUCGAGCAACAAGGAGCGUCGACAUCGCCUACGACAUCGACUCUGGCCUGGACACCUCAGAACAAUACACAGCUUCCUAGUCCGUUUGGUAUUCUACCGCACGAGAGUAUCGUUCCGUCAUCCCCGGGUCCGCCCUCCACAAAAUCUAGUAAUACUAGCGGCUACGAGAACACCUUCAACGCACACUUCAGUACAAUGCAGACUAUAAAUAAUAUCAAUGCAUCUCAAUUAACUAGUCCAUCUACGUGCAGCGCGGACUUUAAAGUUGCUAACUGCCCGGCCGAUGCGAAGAAAUCUGUCAAUGUGAGACCUCAAUCACCUACCUCGGCUAGCGUAAAAUCCAUCCCCGUGCAAAGACAAACGUUUUUUCAUCAAGUACCGACAACCUUCAGUUCCGAGACUUUGACGAAUAGUUAUCCGAGUGCGGGAAAUGGAGGUCAGUCUGCCGCCGGAAAUGGGAAGUCGGGAUUGCAACAUCAGCAAUCGUGUAUCGUGUCGACGCCGAGCAAUGCCUCGGGCAAGGAAUACAGGAUACCCCAACUACCCUCGAGAUCGACUGCGUCGACGACAAUUUUUCUCAGCACUUCCGUACGCUCGGGUUCGGCCACACAAGCGGUCCAGCAGGAUAAACAGGGAACGCGCAAUGGCAAUUUCGCGUCCCCGCCUAACAAAGCGACGACUGCUACUGCUCAACAGAAUAUUCAAACUAAAACACAGACCAAGAUCUAUCCGGAAUUGGGCAGCCAUGGAGUCGAACAUCGAAGAAACGAGCAACACGAUAAUAAUCAAUCAUCACCGAUCAGCUUCUCCAUUAUGGACAAUCGUGGUGGUUUGAACUACGCUGCGAAUAAUUCCACGAAUUGCAACAAUUCAAGCGGCAAGCUUACGAACAGCCAGAGGACGCCGUCUAACAGCAAUCUACAGUCGCAUGCUCAGCAGCAGCAACAACAACAGCAGCAGCAGCAAACGUUUCACGUUUUGAAUCAGCAACAGCAGCAAACUACGUCUUACAGACAUUAUUUAACAGGUUCGGGAACGAAUGAUACAGAGUAUCAUCAUCCAGGCAGAUCCAAGUCCGCGGCCUCGACGGAUUCUGCUUAUUCUUCCAGUACCUCGACGCAAAACGGACCCGACUGUAGCGUCGUCGUUCCACGACGACCGAGUCCUCUGCAGGCUCAUUCGCAAGCCAGUCCCCUGGGUCACGUGCCAAGUCCCGCGUAUCCCAUGUACAACAGUCCGAUGGCGACCAUGUCGUCACCGUCGCCGUUGCAGCAACAUGCUGAGAACAAUGGUAAUCAGUGCACCAAUUCCGCACAAGCGUAUAAAGGCGGAGUGCAACAACAAGUCACUCCGCCGUCACCUCUGGACGUUACUGUUCCGAGGCCGUCGUCGCAGGGACAAGUCGCGUAUUCCUCGGUGAUCACGCGAGCAUUGGGUACCAGCACGGAAAACAAUAAAACAGCGUACAACGCGGAGAGUAAAACGACCUACGACGGACAACAGCAAGACUUUUCGCAGACGCAGAAACAGCAGGUCUGCUGGGAGAACGACAAUCGCCAAACGACGAACGGCAACAGGAAGUUCUCCGUCGCCGUAUAUACCGGUGCGAAUACUGGGGAUAUGAACGCGCAGAGCUUACCAGUUCAACAGCAGCAGCAAGUGCAAAGGCUGGUGAAUAUAUCGGCAGACAACAGACAGCAACCAUAUUUCGAGCCUAAUCAAGUGGCACUGCAGGACUUGAGCAGUUGCAGAGGGGAUCCGAUGAGUAUCGUGAAGAACUUGCAAACGUUACAGCAGGGUCCCUGUCAAGUGCAGCAGCACGCGAUCGUUACGGUCGGCACGACGGAGCAGCAGAAGCAGGCUGAAGAAAAUAGGCGAAAGGCUGAUAGCGCUAACAAGAAGAGGAAAAGUUUGGAGAAGGCUACCGGUCACGGUGCGGCGCCGAACGAGCUUACGGGAACGACCACGACGAUGACGGAGUAUCUCGGUAGGAUACCUCCGCCAGCACAUCACAACGCGACGAAUCAACAACAGCAGAACGGUUUCUUCGAGUUUGAUCGGUGGACCCACGGUGGUCUACCGCCUCCGCCCACCAAGAUGUUUCCCGCCGCGUCUGGCGCCUUUAGUUCGCAGUCCUCGUUACAUCACUCGAGUAACUUCGCGAACACCCCGGCUCAUCAGCAUCAAUCGUUGGCGAUGGUGUCGCAUCAUCACGCGCCACCAUCUAUGUAUUUUCCGGCCUUCCACCUCUCCGCGGGUCACCAUCCGCAUCAUCCGCAAGAGUUUCAUCCCUCGGUUGAAAUUACGUCAAUAGGAUUCGGUGCUGAAAACGUCGCGAAUCAAAACGCCAAUUAUAAUCAAGAGGUCAGAGACGACCAGCCUAAGGUAGUGGUUCCUAAUAUUGAGGAGGAACUCGGUUUCCUUCAACAGGAUCAGCAUCUAAUGCAGAACACGAGUCAAAUGAAUAAAGACUUUAAACGGCCCAGCAGGGAUCCCAAUACAGGUUUCAUGACGAGCUAUUUGAAGUUUCUGCAAGGUGAAAGGGAUCCUUCUCCACCUCCUGCUAUACGUGGCGGUAGAAAGGCUACGUGGAAUAGGUCGAAGCCAUAUAUACCAGUUGAGCCGAGCAAACCCGCAGAAGCUUCGACUAACGGCGAGGCUGUUAAACCUCAAGAGAAGCCGUUGGUUAAGGAGACACCAGUUAAGGAAACACCAGUGAUAGAUUACGCUAAUGAUCCUAGGUACUUUCCGUUACCGAAGGAAAGGAAGAAAGCAAACUUCGAUUCGAGCGAUGACGGAUUUACCAGCGAUGAUGACUUCUUAUUUCCUCCCAAGAAAACUGAAAAGAAAGUGCAGAAUGCGAAUAAUUAUGCGAGUAAUGUCGAAGUUGUCGCUGUAAAACCAGAAAGUAAAGGUAGAAAAGGUCGGCCUAUUAAGCCUGGUGGACCCACGGAUAGAAAGAGGAAAGCUGCUGCUGCUGCAGCAGCAGCAGCGGCAGCGGCAACAGCAGAAACAGAGAAAAAAUCUUCGAAGAAAAUUGAAGAAGUAGAUCCUCUAUUACUUCCUCCGAGACGUGAAACAUCGAGAAGGAAGGCGAAGGAAAAGACAUCGGUGAAACAAUUUUUGGAUCGACAACAGGGUUUAUUAGAUUAUUUAGACAAUGACGAGGAACAGGCUGACUCCGAUUCUGAUCCAGCGUGGACUCCUGCUGUGAAAUUGAUCGGGGACGAGGACGAAAAGAGGAAAAAACGCGUAAGACCCGUCAUUACCAAGAAAAUUAGAAAAAUCUUGGAGGAAGACGGAUACUCGUCUGGGGAACCUAUCGUUUCGAAAAAAUCAACGAGAAAGAAACACGAGAUGCCUUCAAAAAAUUCCAACAGCGCUGGCAAACUUUCUUGUAAGAUUGACGAAAAAUUAGUAGCAGCAGCAAGUGACGAGGAUAUUGAUAUUUCACCAUUUAAGCAUUUAGGCAACUCAGAAGAUGCGUCUGGCGAGUUUGUCGUAAUUAAGACGGAAUUGGAUGAAGAGUAUCCUCCUCUUUGGAGGAUAGAUGGUAAAACAUUGCUGCAAAAAUAUGAGCCAUUCAAAUCCAAUGGAAAAACUUUGUACAGAAACAUAUCUACGUAUUCUGCAUGGGUUUCACAAAAUCGCCACAUAUAUCAACAAGUGCCGGUGAAAUUUUGGCAGCAGGGCAAGAUAGAAACAAUUGUGGAGUUCUUGAGGGACGAAAUGAUUGUUAACGACAGCGAGAGUAUCGAUAAGUCUAUGAAAGAUACUGAGAGGUAUCAAGAUAAUUUUGAAGUGUACAUACAAACAUUAAUCUCGCAAGCUUUGGAUUCCAAUUUCCUUACUGAAAUAUUUCAAGAACAAGACGAUUAUUUUCUGUCAAAUGUUAAGACUGUUGAUGAAGUAACGGAAGAGAGGAAACGUCGCCUUUUGUCUACGACUAAAUGGAAACCGAAUUUCGUGACAGCAAUAUCGACGUGGCCGUGUGUUAACGUGCUUAAAGAUCUAUCGUCUUCAGAAUAUAAAGGGAAAUGUUGUGGUGGUUGUCAGCAUACUAGAAUCUUUGCAAGAAUUCUGCUUUAUGGACAACCAUACAACGGUACUACAUUGGAAGGUUCACCGCCAGAUCCAAGAGUACCUCAUGAAAAAGACUUUUUGUUGUGCCGUAUUUGCCAAAAGAAGGUAGCCUUGUAUAAUAAAGUCGCUCAUCAAAAAUAUUUAAUGUUUUUGGAAUGUGCGAGAAGAGUGACGGAUAAGAAGGUGGCUGAUCCACACAAAGAUACUACAAUAAUAUUAAAUGAAUUAUUAGCAGAUGAAGCAUGGUUGAAUCAACUUUUUAAAGAAGUGAGGAACAUUUGGGCUGAAAUUGAUAGUAUGGAGCAACAAGGGAAAACGAAAAAGAAAGCAAUUUUGUCAGCGAUGAAAAAUCAUAGAAAUAUCUCGCAAGCAAAUGUUGAAACAGCAAUCGCAGCUGCUCCUACUGUACUUACUUUUAAAGAGACUGCUAAUACUUCUGAUUCACAGGUGCCUAUACAGAAUACCGAAAAUAAUCCCAAAUCAGUAUCUAACGAUGUGCAAAUGGACAGUGAACCAUCUUAGUGGUAUUAUAAUAACUGUUUAUAUUUAAUGCAAAAUGCAUCAAGACUGCUACGAGUUCAGUGAUACAUCUUCAAGAACGCACAAACGUUUUAUCACCAAUAUCAACACCAUUAAAACGCAUGUCUCGCAUGUGUAUCAAUGAAGUCUUAUAUAUAAAGAUAUAUAUUGUGAGUGACGAAUUAAAAGUGUAAUCGAGAGAUUGUAGUUAUAGUGAUAAGACAUAGUACAUAUAUAAAUGUACAUCAGGUAAGCACAAGGGGAAGAAAUUCACAUACAUAUGUAACAUAUUCACGUUUGAUAUAGAAGUCUAGCUUUAGCUACAACUUUGCCAUUAUAGCAUAAUCAUAGCAUAAUAAUAAUAAUAGCAGAAACUAAUAUUCAUGUGAAUAUAGACAUUUAGUUUAGUCUUUGUAUCGUGAUGAUCUUAUAUAAGCUUCGAUAUAUGAUAAAAAUCCAAAACAUAGUGAUAUGACGUGA